AUGAUCUGGAAUCAGAACACCUAUAUAGCCUUGAGUACAAGUAUCCUUCUAAUAGCCGAUACAGGAAGACUGAACUCACGGAGGUAUAACAUCGCCAUCGCAAUCCUCGUGGAGUCAGGGUUGAUUUAUUCAUGCUGCCUUUUAACUUUGAUACUUACGUUUCGUCAUCCCAAUCUUCGGCUCCUGUUCUCGUGUAUCACAAUCCGUGUAGUGGCAAUAAUGCCCACACUAAUGAUCGUUCAAGUGCAGCUUGGAAAGAGUAUGGAUCAAGUACGAAGCACACGGCUCAAUAUGGAAAUGAAGUCCACUAGGGCAAUGCCAACUGCUACUGAAGUUCGAUUGGAGACAAUUGUGGUGACUGCUAAUGAUGACAGACGCUCCAUGGAAUCCGAAAGUAACGACCAUACUCCAUCACGUAUCAGCUUUGCAACCGCGGAGCCUACCUCGGAGACUGAAGAAAACAAACUUCCAGAGGCAACUAGCGUGAAAAAUUGCACGAAUUUUUGGCCGAUGUUUGGCCGAUGUUUUGCAAAUAAUUUCACUUUCCAUGACUUGUGGGUGACGCUACGUCAGACAAAUUUCGCGAAAAACAGGCAUAGCGUAACGACCACCGGUAGCCACUAG